GGCGAUAGAGUAGAGUUGGUGCAAGGGAGUUUGAGAGAUAAGGACAAGCGUGCCCCAUCAACACAGGGACUAGGCACUGAAACGCAGUCACACCCCCGCCCUAACGCGAAAGAGAGCAAUUUCGUGCCAGAGUAAGUCCUGUCUCACCCUGCAACUUUCGGAACAAGCGCGACUGCUCUACCGCAGUCCGGAGCAAGAAAACCCAGGCUUCUAAACUGUUGCACCACGUUUUUAAAGUGGACCUAACGCCGCCUUAUUUUCUUGACAUGGGAGAUAUGGGGGAUCCGCCUAAAAAAAAGCGGCUCAUCUCUCUGUGUGUCGGAUGUGGGAAUCAGAUACACGACCAAUAUAUCCUCCGCGUGUCCCCGGACCUGGAAUGGCACGCGGCUUGUUUGAAAUGUGCAGAAUGUAAUCAGUAUUUGGACGAGUCGUGUACUUGCUUUGUACGAGAUGGGAAAACCUACUGUAAACGAGACUAUAUCAGGUUAUACGGGAUAAAGUGCGCUAAAUGCAACAUCGGUUUCAGCAAGAAUGACUUUGUGAUGAGAGCCCGCUCCAAGGUGUACCAUAUCGAAUGUUUUCGAUGUGUGGCCUGCAGCCGACAGCUUAUCCCGGGGGACGAAUUUGCUCUGAGAGAGGACGGUCUGUUCUGCAGAGCCGAUCACGAUGUCGUUGAACGGGCAACAAUGGGUGCGGGCGACCCGCACAGCCCACUUCAUCCGGCAAGACCCUUACAAAUGGCAGCAGAACCAAUAUCUGCCAGACAGCCCGCGCUCCGACCGCACGUUCACAAACAGCCGGAGAAGACCACUCGUGUCAGAACCGUUCUCAACGAAAAACAGCUUCAUACUUUGCGGACCUGCUAUAACGCGAACCCCAGACCCGAUGCCCUUAUGAAGGAGCAGUUGGUGGAAAUGACAGGCCUUAGUCCACGAGUCAUCAGGGUUUGGUUCCAAAACAAGCGCUGCAAGGACAAGAAGAGGAGCAUCCUGAUGAAACAGCUUCAGCAGCAGCAACCCAACGACAAAACGUUUAUCUGGGACUAUCUGCAGAAUAUCCAGGGAAUGACAGGCACCCCGAUGGUGGCCGCCAGUCCAGAGAGACAUGACGGUGGUUUGCAGGCAAACCCAGUGGAGGUGCAGAGUUACCAACCGCCUUGGAAAGUCCUAAGCGACUUCGCACUGCAGAGUGACAUAGACCAGCCCGCAUUUCAACAACUGGUAAAUUUCUCGGAGGGGGGACCAGGUUCAAAUUCAACGGGGAGCGAAGUUGCAUCAAUGUCCUCUCAACUUCCAGAUACACCAAACAGCAUGGUAUCGAGUCCUAUAGAGGCGUAGGCGAUAUGGACUGUGACAAUAUCCCAUAUUUCUUAAUACGAGGGCAAAGGGCGGACUGAGAUAGGCUCGGGGUUGAAACUGUCACUCUUGUUAAUGCCACCUGAAGAGAAUCAUCCCCCAGCUGCACGAAGCCUCUUUAUCCGAACAACCCCUGGUUGUAUUUUUACACUGUGAAGACAAUCAUGGGAUUAAUUAGAUCCAUCCGUAUGUCCAUCCUGCAAAACAACCUUUGUGAAGAUCACCGUGGUGUAAGAAGCGUGUUGCAAGGACAGAGCAUCUGCCUGAAUACAUGUCUACGAAACAAAUGGAUAGAUUUCGCCUCGUCCGUGACUGGUGCUGCCCGUUGGAACUGCUUGGUUACAGUUUUGCCAAAAAAUAAACAUAAAAUAUCCAUGGACCUCUAGGAAAUUAUGAACUUCACUGAAGAUUAAAUUGGCGCAAUGCUGUGCGCAGUGUUUGAAUAUACAAACCAAUGACUGGUGAUUUGUUUCCAUUAAAUAGCUUGACUUGAGACUCAUCAUCGAUAUGGAGAGAAUAGCAAAUAUUGCUUUUCUGUGUUUGUUACAUUAUCUCCCAAAAGCCCAAGUUCUAAAGCAUUGCAACAAGGUAUACCUCUAUUUUGCCACAAGCUUCGUGGGACUUUUGUGUGUGAGUGUGUGUCCGUCCAAGAAUAUUUUUCUUUCCCAAAGAUGUGUAUAGUUAUAAGUUAUAACGACAGUUAGCUCUGGAAAAAGAUUUCUUUGUUCGUUUGUACGUUCCUGUACAACAAAAUUAUUUAUUAUUUAUUGUCGAAAGACUUGCCACUUUUUGUGUAACUUUCUUUACUGAAGUAAAAAGAAAAGAUUGUACCGUG